UCGAGUUCUUACCUUGAACCCUUAUAUUAUAGAAAAACAACUUAAUCUUCAAGUGACAGAAAUCUUUGCUAUUUAUGUCAUCUAAGUCAUCAGGACAGAAACAGAGAGUAGUAGACAGUGACCAAGCCCAAGUUACGGUAAUGGAAAGAAGUGCAUCUAAAAUUUUCACCUCUUAUAAAGCCAGUUUCUUCCGUCAGAUACCUAGCACAGUGGCUGGGGAUAAGCAUGUAACUGGAAUACGUGGCAUGGUCAUUUUUGAAGAUGGACGAUUGAUAGUUAUUGACAGCAAAAACAGAUGUCUUAAAAUAUUUUCCCCUCCAUGGUACGACUUUGUACUUCGGCAUUCUUUCAGUGACGAACCCCGAGGCGUAACUAUUUCAGGUAAAGAUGAAGUUGCCAUUACCUUCCCAGAUAAACGGGAGGUUCGGCGAUUCAGUAUCAAUACCGAAAAUAAAGUGUCUACCCAGAAAACGUUUGAAGUGCGAGAAAAACCUUUUAGUAUUUCGCAAAGUAAGGACACUUUUGCCAUUGAAAUGGAGAGGGCAAAGAUGGGUGUAUUAUUAUAACCGAUAUGGAUGGAAAUUUC